CGCCCACUCCGCCUCGGGCGCGCUCACCGGGCCGGGUGGGGGGCGCGGGCUAGUCCCCGCCCCGCUGCGGGGGCCGCAUCGAACAGGGGACACUGGACUGAGAAGGGACUUCCCCUGGGGAGGCGUGGGACGGAACGGAAAAGGAGGAUGGCCGGGGGAUGGGGACAUCCAGGUGGCCCCAGUCCCGCGGGAUCCCGAACGGGGUGCGGUGCCGAGAGGAUUCGGCCCUGCGGUCGCGGCGGCUUCUGGAGGUGAAGGGACAGGGGAUGCAGGUGGACCUUUCUGUGAGCCCCCGCGGGAGCUGCAGGGUCCCACCCCGCACCCCUGUGGGACAGCGACAUUUCCCGUGCCCCAGAUGUUCAGAGGAAGUCAGGGCAGACAAACUCCAAAAGCAGCCCCGUGGAAACGUUUGGGUCCAGCCUGCCCGGCAGAAUCGCUGAUCUUGAGAGAGACCUCUUUUCUCAGACUGCUCUUCGUAAAAACAACCGAGAUACCCCAGAAGGUUCAGCCAGGAGAGCAUCCUUUGGAGCCUGUGCGCCUGACAGAAAUGUCGGCUCCAUCUUGGCCCCCCUUACCUCCUCCCUGAGCCUGGAGCUGGGGACCAGACUCAGCUCCACCCGCUGAGGCAAACUGGCACGAGCCUGGCCCCCACCAUGAGUGCUGAGCUCAACGUGCCUGUGGACCCCUCCACCCCUGCCUGCCCGGAGCCUGGCCACAAGGGCAUGGAUUACCGCGACUGGGUUCGCCGCAGCUACCUGGAACUGGUCACCUCCAACCACCAUUCGGUGCAGGCCCUGUCCUGGAGGAAGCUCUACCUGAGCAGGGCCAAGCUGAAGGCCUCCAGCAGGACCUCGGCCCUUCUCUCGGGCUUCGCCAUGGUGGCCAUGGUGGAGGUGCAGCUGGAGACACAGUACCAGUACCCUCGGCCGCUGCUCAUUGCCUUCAGCGCCUGCACCACGGUGCUGGUGGCCGUGCACCUGUUCGCGCUGCUCAUCAGCACGUGCAUCCUGCCCAAUGUGGAGGCCGUGAGCAACAUCCACAACCUCAACUCCAUCAGCGAGUCGCCGCACGAGCGCAUGCACCCCUACAUCGAGCUGGCCUGGGGCUUCUCCACCGUGCUGGGCAUCCUGCUCUUCCUGGCCGAGGUGGUGCUGCUUUGCUGGAUCAAGUUCCUCCCCGUGGACGCCAGGCGCCAGCCUGGUCCUGCGCCAGGUCCCGGUAGCCACACGGGCUGGCAGGCUGCCCUGGUGUCCACCAUCAUCAUGGUGCCCGUGGGCCUGAUCUUCGUGGUCUUCACCAUCCACUUCUACCGCUCGCUGGUGCGUCACAAGACGGAGCGCCACAACCGGGAGAUCGAGGAGCUGCACAAGCUCAAGGUGCAGCUGGACGGCCAGGAGCGCAGCCUGCAGGCCGUGUAGGGCUGGGCGGCCUCCUCGAUGGCACCACUGGCCCUUCUGAGCGACGCCGCAGGGCUCCCAGGCUGCCAGGCCACUGCCAGGUAGACCGCAGCUGCCAUCUGACUCCUGUCUUCGUGCCACAGUAACCCGGAAGCUGCGGUCGGUCUCUCAGAACGCGGCACUCGGAGACACAGGAGGCCUGCGUGCCAGGAGGAAAGGCCCUGGGGAUUUCCAGGGCCGGGGAAGCCCGAGUGUCCCGGCACAGGCUCUGCGGCAUCGGUCAUCAGGGAGAAUCUGAGAACCUGUAGCCAGCAGGGUCAGGGCCGUGGGUUCGGAGGAGGGACCCCUGGAGGGCAGAGGUGGACCUUGUGACUACCUGCCAGGUGCAUAGCCCCCGUGGUUGGACAGGGCUGGCCACCGAUGGGGUACUGGAUAAUGCUUGACUUGGUGCUUCCCUCCUGGCCCUGGAGGGAGUGGCCUGGGGUGGCCUGGCGUGGGGGGUGUUGUGGCACUGGCACUGGGUGUCGGAGCUGCCAGGGCAGGGGCCUGUUGGGAGGGAGAGUGGGCAUCCUGCACGACGCCCUGCUAAGGAGGCCAAGUUCUCUGGGUUCUCCAAGGCGCGAGGCUCGAUGCUCUGCCAGCAGCCUGGAGCGUGGCCACCAGGUGGGGAAAGGGCCCCCAGUCCAGAGGCGCCACCUCUUGACAAGAGGGCCUGAGCCUGUCAGCAGCUGCUUUAGGCUGCGUUAGCAGCAGGUUGGGGUACAGACUUGGGCACUGAAGCCAUCCUGCCCCCUGCUGCCUGUGGCCCCAAGGGCUGAGAGGACAUAGCCUGGGGGUGUCAACAGGGCCACUGACCCAGCCUGGCCUGUGACGACGAAGUGCAGGCCUCCUUGUUAGGACACUUGUUAAACCACUGUGGGGAAGACAGGGCCUCAGUGGGCCCCUGCCAGGCCUGCCAGGCCUUGGCAGAUGCAGAUUCCCUCCCUGGUGACACGCUGCAACGUGGGGUCGGUGUCCUCGGGCACCUGGUAGAUCCCUGCCCUCGCAGUUGGCGUGCCCAUCAGUGCUACAGCAUGAGCCUACAUGGGUGUGCGCAGCACCUGAGCUGCUCCGAAACCAUGUUUACCCCUGCCCAGCAGCGGCCUGGAGAGGGUGCCUUGUCCUCGGUUCUGUAUAUAAAUGUCACUGGGCUUCUU